CAAACGCGUUUAUCGCAGUGCUCUGUUUGUCCGUCCCAGCCACCGUAGCUCGCCUGACGAAGACAUGGCGGAUGACGAGGAAAGAAAGUUUUCCAACUGAAAAACUGCCUAAAGUCACAUACUUGACAAAUGCCUCGCCAUACCGUGGAUGAGCCUCUAGGGGAUGCUUUCCGGAUGUGACGAGUCACCCACCCUCGAAUGUUAAUGUGUAGGUCAUUCCGCUACUGCGUCAGCCACUGUCUCUAUGCAGCAAUGACGAAGCUGGAGGAGCUGAGCCGUGACGUCGGCACCAGUUCCUUGGUGCGAUGUCUCGGCUAUCUGUCCAGCCUCAGCCUCUUGGUGGCGAUAUGCCUAGGCCUUUACGUGCGCUGGGAGAAGACGGCGGAAGCCAUGAUCCUGGUCAUCUUCAUCCUGGGCCUGUUCGUCCUCGGCAUCGCCAGCAUCCUCUACUACUACUUCAGCAUGGAGGCGGCCAGCAUGAGCCUGUUCCACCUCUGGUUCGGCUUCCUGCUGGGCCUGCUCUGUUUCCUGAGCAGCCCGUCCCUGGCGACUGAUGUAAAGGAGCAGGUGACGGAUUACCUGCUACUGAGCAGCCUGGUGCUGAGGACGCUGUGGGCGCUGGUGGAGCGGGUGUGCGGCUGCACGCGCUUCCGGCCCGCCCUGCUCACGUCCGCCGAGUUCCUGGAGCUGGUGGGCUUUGCCGUGGCCAGCACCACACUGCUGCUUCACAAGUCGGCCAGCAUCAUCCUCCUGGUGGUGGCGCUGGCCGCGCUCAUCGUCAGCCUGCGGAUGAAGUCCUUCUUCGCCAUCACCAACCUGGCGUGCUUCGUGGGGGUGGCCGCCUUGCUCUUCAGCUCGCUGGAGCUCUCUCCGAACCUCUAUGGCCUGAUCUGCUGCCUGGGCCGGCUGGUGUGCCAGCCCCUUCUGGACUUGUACUUCAGCGGCCUGUCGGUCACUGAACGCUGGCUGCCGCUGCUGACCUGUGGCCGGUUGUGGCGCCGCCUCUCAGUCUUACCGCUGACGCUGGUGGAGCUGGCGUUCCUCACUCUGGCCGGAUUCAAGCUAGGCAGUCUGGGCCAAUGGUACCUGGUGAUCCCGGGCUUUGUCGUCUCUGGCGCCUUCUGGCUCGUCUGUCACGUGGUCUUUGUGAUCAGCCUCUGGGGGUUCCACACCAAGCUCAACGACUGCCAGAGGGUCUUUUUUGCUCAGCGCUCCGACACCCGAAGCCUGGACAGGGUGAUGGCGUCUAGGGGAAUGCGCCACUUCUGCCUGAUCUCCCAGCGCCUUGUGUUCUUCAGCCUGAUCUCCACGAUUAUCCUGGCUGCGGUCAGCUGGCAGUCCACCAAUGGGAUCUUCAUGAGUGUGUUCCUCAUCGUUCUCCCCCUGGAGACCCUGGCCCACAGCCUUUUCCACGAGUUUGGAAACUGCCUGGGGGGCACGUGCGUGGGCUACGCUGUCGUCAUCCCCACCAAUUACUGCAGCCUCGAUGGACAACCGACGCUGCUGCCCCCGGACCUGGUCCAGGAGCUGAACCUGCGCUCCACGGGCAUGCUGAACAACAUCCAGCGCUUCUUCUCGCAGCACAUGAUCGAGACGUAUGGCUGCGACUACUCGGCCGGUGGCAUGGUAGCCGACGCGCUACAGACCAAGCUACGCAGCUUCAUGGAGCAGCGCACGGCCGACGGGCCGCGGCACGACACCUACGUCAUCUACUACAGCGGCCACUCGCUGCGCUCUGGCGAAUGGGCCCUGGCCGGUGGCGACACGCUCCGCCUGGAACAGCUGCUGGAGUGGUGGAAGGAGAAGAAUGCAGGCUUCUGCUCGCGCCUCAUCGUGGUCCUGGAUGACGAGAACGCCGGGCCGUGGGUGCGGGAGGUGUGGAAGGUGGACGAGCUGUACGUGGCAGUGCAGGGGGCGGAGCUCACAAGGCUGAAGGACGUGGAGGAGGCGGAGCUGCCGCAGCUCGGCGACUUCACCGCCCGGUGGGUGGAGUAUAACUGCAAUCCCGAGAGCGACAUCUGCUGGUCGGAGGGCAGCGGCGGCGUGUCGGCCAUCUACGGCGUGUCCAUGCGGUGGGGCGACUACACCCUGCACCUGCCCACGGGCAGCGACGUCACCAAGCACUGGAAGACCUACUUCCCUCGUGCAACCUUCCCACUGGUCCACCUGGCCAACUGGUGUGGCGGCCUGAACCUUUUCUGGGUCUGCAACGUCUGCCUGCGCUGCUUCCGCAGGCUCAAGCUGUCCUGGUUCCCCCCGUCCGUGCUGGACACAGGCCAGGGCUUCAAGCUCGUCAAGUCAUAGUGGCGCCCCCCAGAGCCCUUCAGUCAAAUUACACGAGCCACUCUGUUACCCUCUCACUAAUCUUUAAGAUGAGACAGUCCUCACAAGUCAGGGCAUGCUGCCUGAAGGUCAUUGGACAUCUGGAUUGCUGUUUCGCGCAUACCUCGGUGGUGCUGAUGUUCUUGACCCCUGCUUUGUAUACAGUGGAGCCCCAAGCUGCCAGUCACCUGUGACGGUAGCAGCUGAUUCGCUGGGACACAGCUGGGGGAGGGGCUAAGGAUGCACCGAGCCCCGUGACACACAUUCAUGUCCACCUCUACAGCGAGUGAAUCUGCUUCUCAGAGCCACAUCCUUACAACUUAAUUUGUCCCACUCUUUUAAUUACAUUUUGUUUGAUCACUUGUCCGGGGGGUAGGGCUGUAAGGCUGUAACCCCCCACUCUAGGUAUGUGUCUGUAAACCUGCCAACUCCUAAAUGCUUAGACCUCAGAUCUCCUAGCCAGUGCCAAAUCGGCACAUUGCGGCUGGCGUCCCAAAUUAACUUCCACAUCCUUUCGUGGCCCCCUAGGUGACUAAUCUGAAGGUGGCUAUAUAUACAGUCAACACAUACAGCUGAUAUAUUAUAAUUUAUUGAAACUUCUGAAUUCAUUCCAGUGAUGGUUUUUACUGGUGUUGACCAAAAUGAAGCUUCAUGAACCAGUUUCUGUAUUUUUUGACCCCACUAGAUGGCGCCCUUUUUUGAAUAGAGUGCACCAUCUAGUGGGGUCAGAAAAUACAGCAAGUGGUUCAUGAAUCUUCAUUUGGCCAACAAUAGUUUUUACCUCCAGCUUUUUCGAGGUAUAUUAUGGCUCAAUCUGCUUAAUGGAGAAGCUGAGAAAGUCAGCCGUCUCCCCAUCGCCGUGUUGCUCUUUUGCCUGGCCUCAUCUUCGGUGGAAGCUGAUGGACGCUGGCAUCUUCCCUCUGCGUCGCAGUGUCAAGUGCAGCCGGUCCCAGAACUUGUCCUUUAACCUCACACUGACUAAACCCCUGAGUCAGAUUCGCAUUUUCCAGUUAUAAAAAGCUGACAAGGGCUUCACGGAGAACUGAUGUUGCAUUCGGACACUUUUGACCCCAUGAUACCAUCUGCGUGAAGGCAAGAUGACUGCUCUUCCCUGAGGAACAAACGCUGAGCAGCAGGGCGCGUCUCCAGCUCGCUCAGGCCUUGGCCUUACUCUCAUCUUAUUCAUCCAAUUAGAGACGGUUCUUCGUGUUAAGCUGGAUCUGGUUGGCUGCUCUUUCUCCACCAAUGACAGGUCACUUUGAGUAAGCGCCGGGCAAGACAAGGGCUCUUAUAUGCAUGAAACAGUCUGAAUAUGCAGAUCAGCCAAAGUGUAUUCCUAUAUAUGCAAAUACUUGUAACUACAAGCACUGUCUGCUCGGUUUGUGUUUGUUAUGUUUUGGUUUCUUUGACAAUGCCUUAACUUCUGUUUUUCUUUUUUUUGUGUUUUUUUGUUUUUUUUUUCUGAAAGGAAAAAAUAUAGCCAAUAUGCAAAGUG